CGGGACCAUCCUGGAGAUUGGUAGCAGGCGCCUCUGGGUUGGAGGGAAGGCGGAGAGAGAGACGGGUGGCCGCGCGCAUGCGCACGGGAACAUGACGGCGAAGACUGGGAAGAAUCGGAAAAGACAAAGUCGGGAAGAAAGUGUGGCGGCCGCUGCCUUCGCCCUUGGAGCCCGGGGGUCGACGUGUGGCUUGCGGUCGGCGCCCCGUGAGAUGUUUUUGUAAAAGAUACAAAUGAAUAUGAAAGUAGCCUUGGAAGUGCCUGCUGCUUGAGACUGUGUUACUUAAGAAACAGGCACAAGAGGAGAGAACUUACCAGUUCAAACCUUAAAAUGGACAGUUAUUUUAAAGCAGCAGUCUCUGACUUGGACAAACUACUUGAUGAAUUUGAGCAAAAUACAGAUGAACUUGAAGACAGCAGCAUUGUAAACCCACAUGAUUCUAAGCACCAUCUACUUUAUUCCGAACUGGAUUACCAGCAGCCAAAAUUCUUAGAACCAACUGAGCAAGAAAAUAGUAGUAGUUGUACUACAACUAGUGUACUUUCAUUGUCUACUCGUACUACCAAUACGGAGCACUUUGAAAAUCUGAACUCAGAACAAAGUGAGAAAAAUGUCACUGGGCUAGAUCUUCUGUCCAUGGUGGAUGGUGGUUCUUCAGAUGAAAAUCAGUCGUCUUGCCUGGGACGAUGCAGUAUACCUGUCUGUGAUCUUAUCAGUGACACAGGGAAUUUGAGCCAUGUAAAAAGCAAUUCAGAGUGUGUUCAGAAGUUACAGCCAGGUUACUUCCAGUGCAAUAUGAGUUCUCUUAUUGGCUUUGAUUUGGCAUUGGUACCAGCUACUGCUUGUAACUUGCCAGUUGAUUGUAGUGGUACACAGCAAGAGGCUGAUGGAGAUGCAGUGCUGCAUAAUAUAGAACAUAAUAAUGCAACAGAAGAACCAAGUCAGCCAGCACUAGGGACAGGCAGUCCUUCUGAAGCAAAUGCAGUGGAUUCUGGUGGCGAUCAAGAAAAGACAGAAACUAUAAGUAAAAAUGAAGUAUUUGAUCAGAUAGAACAAAUUGUAGGCAUUGAUAAGAUAUUGGCAUUAACACCACAACAACGUUCAAAUGUACAUAGUUCCAAAAAUGACACAAUAUAUGAAAAAUUGCCUUGUGAGCCAUUAGUGCAUGAAAAUGCACAUUGUGCAAAACAAAUUAUAGGUAAGGAACGUGACAAGCAAGUCAUUUCAAAAGAAGAUGAAAUUGAAUCGGGAACCUCUAACCUGCCAAAGAUCUGUGAGACGAAUAAAGACAGCUUAAAAUUGUCUAAAGAAGAUAGCUUAUCCAAUGAUUCACUUCAAACUGAGGACAUUCUAGUUUGGGAGGAAACACACAGCACUGAAAAAAUACUCUGUAGUCCAGAACAGAAUACCAAUGAAAAUGUAAACAUAGUUUCAGCACCAGAGGUCUCUGAAGAUGUACAGACUUCAUUGUCUUGUCUUCCACUUGCUGUAUCUAUAUGUGGUUCACUUGUUUCAACUGAAGUUGCAAAUGAAAAGAUUCCUCAAAAUGGAGCUGUAGAUGACAUUGGUGAUAUAACUGUGCACACAGAAAAACCUAAGGAUGGUCUUCUCAAGUGGGAAUUGCACGAAAGCAUAGAAACAAAUGAACAGGUGGAAAAUCAAAAUAAAUUCCAUCAGUGUUGUCUGGGAAAACCUUCCUCUGCAGAUAGAGAGAAGAUGGAUUUUGAUAACAUAACUAGUACACAUGAGCUUCUCCAAUACCAGGGCCCCACUGCUUGCUUAGAAGCAAAUUUUGAAACAUACAGCAGUGCUCUGCCCACUGACAUUGGCACCAGAGCAUUAGUUGAUUUAGCUAUAGAGGAAGACAUUACCAGUAAUGAUAUACUAAUUAGUGAUGCUGAGCUUGAUGCCUUUUUGUCUGAGCAUUGUCUUGAGGCAAGUCAUUCAAAGCCUGUGAAAGAAGAUAUUGAUGAUGGACUGCUGGAAUCUGAUGUGAUUCAAGUCAGAAGAGACAAUUCACAAACAGAAGUGGAGUUCAAGAAGAUGGAAACUUCUGUUGAUAACAGCAACUGUAAAGAAUCCGAUCCUGAACCUAAAUUGGAAAUUCUAGUAGAAAAUAGGACAUUGAAAGUUCACCAAGAGACUUUAGAUCAACCUAGUGAAACUCAAAGUGAAGUUUCGGACCUCAUAAACAGUCAACACAUGCACAGUGGAGGUGCAAGGCCAAAGCAGUUGCCAAACCUUCCUCCAAAAGCCAAAAUCUGUUCUGAAGUUAGUAGUCCAAAUAAACAUGGAAGUGAAUCCCAAGUGACUAAUUCCAUAAUCCCAAAUACCUCUCACUUGGAUGCUAAAAUCUGUCCUGAUGCAAACUGCAGAAAUAAUGAUGCUGAUACUCAAAGCUGCUUGGAAAGCAAAAGUGGCAGUGAACUUGCAGAACCUGCUAAAGUAAUGGAAGAAGGUGGUAUUUUGGGACAGAAACAGCCAUCCUGGGUACCUGAUUCAGAAGCACCAAACUGCAUGAAUUGCCAAGCCAAAUUUACAUUUACAAAAAGAAGACACCACUGUCGUGCAUGUGGGAAGGUUUUUUGUGGUCCCUGUUGCAAUCGUAAAUGCAAACUCCAGUAUUUGGAUAAAGAAGCACGAGUCUGUAUAAGUUGCUAUGAGACUAUUAACAAAGCACAGGCAUUUGAAAGGAUGAUGAGUCCAACUGGUCCUGUCCAUAAUGCCGAUAUCUUUGGAUAUCCUUCAACUGUUCCACCUUUGCAGGAAGCCCAGGCAUCUGGUACACCUACUUCUUCUUCUUCUGUUUCAUUACCCACUUCUGUAUUUAAACAGCCAAAUGGUGAUGGAUUGUGUAAUAAAGAACAAAGAAGAGUUUGGUUUGCAGAUGGUAUUUUGCCCAAUGGGGAAGUUGCAGAUACAACAAAACUGUCAUCUGGAGUCAGGCGAUCCCCACAGGAACCACAUCUAGUUGCAAGUCCAACAAAACCAAAGGAUGAAAUGAAUGUUGCUGGACAAACUGAGAUCUUGCACUGUUCCGCUUCGGUUCUUCCAGUAGAAGACAUACUGCCCACUAAAGCUCAACCUGAGCUGUUGAAUAACUUUGAUACUGCAAUUCCUGCUGCUGAUGAACUCCCUGCUAUUGUUGAACCCACAAAACCUCCCAAUCCCAUCACAGCUAAUGAAAUUAAUGAUGUACCUAUUAGUCCUUUGGAUUACAGUAUGCUUUGUGGCAUUGAAAAGUGUGUUAGCAAGAGGAUCAGUCUUAUUCCCGAGGAUGAUGGUUUACCACCUCUUUUUUUACGAGGAGAAAAAGGAGAAGAAUCCUUAGUGGAAGAACAUCCUUCUUGUAAACAAGUUAACUUACUACUUGAAUCGAAUCCUGUGACAUUUGUUCUAAAUGCAAACCUUCUUGUGAAUGCCAGGAUACUACAUUAUUGUUCAGAAAAAUGCUGGUACUUCUCAACCAAUGGCCUGCAUGGCUUGGGGCAGGCAGAAAUCAUUGUACUAUUACUCUGUUUGCCAAAUGAAGAAGAUGUUCCUAAAGAAAUCUUCAAAUUAUUUAUCAGCAUAUAUAAGGAUGCCAUGAAAGGAAAAUUCAUAAGAAACUUGGAAAACAUAAACUUUACUGAAGGCUUUCUUGGAAGCAAGGACCAUGGUGGAUUUCUGUUUGUUAGACCAACUUUUCAGAAACUUGAUGAUCUUGUAUUACCACAAAAUCCAUUUUUAUGUGGCAUCCUUAUUCAGAAACAGGAAGUACCUUGGGCAAAAGUUUUUCCAAUUCGCUUGAUGUUGAGAUUGGGAGCAGAAUAUGGAGUAUAUCCAACACCUUUAAUAAGUAUCAGGCACAGAAAAGCUCUGUUUGGAGAGAUAGGACACACAGUCAUGAACUUGCUUGUUGAUCUUAGGAAUUAUCAAUAUACUUUGCAUAUGAUCGAUAACUUGUUCAUUCAUAUGGAAAUGGGCAGAAGCCGCAUUAAAAUACCUCUGAAGAGAUAUAAUGAGGUGAUGAAAGUGGUUAACUCAUCUAAUGAACAUGUGAUUAGCAUUGGAGCGAAUUUUAGUUCCGAGGCAGAUUCUCACUUAGUGUGUGUGCAGAAUGAUGAUGGAGUCUAUCAGACACAAGCUAACAGUGCUACAGGACACCCUAGGAAAAUUACAGGUGCAAGCUUUGUUGUGUUCAAUGGAGCCCUGAAACCAUCUUCUGGAUUCCUUGCUAAAUCCAGUAUUGUUGAAGAUGGAAUAAUGGUACAAAUCACUCCAGAGACUAUGGAUGGCUUACGUCAAGCUUUAAGGGGGAAAAUGGACUUUAGAAUUACAUGUGGCAAAGUAGACUCGGGAGAUCUGAGAGAAUAUGUAGACAUUUGUUGGGAAGAAAAUGAGGAAAAACAAAAUGCAAGAGUUACAAGCCCAAUAGAUGGAAAAUCUAUGGAAGGAGUUGAGCAUGAAAAAAUGAUUCAGGAACAAGACUUUGAAAUGGAUGAAAAACUCAUAAGGUGUACUGAAGUAUUCUAUUUCUUAAAACCUGGCGACGUAUACAGUCAUCCUCCUUAUCAGUUUGCUAAAGAAAUUGCAUUGGCUUCUUGUGCUGCUCUUCGCCAACAUCUCAAAACACUGAAAAGUAACGGAAUGAACAAGAUAGGACUUAGAGUCUCCAUGGAUACUGACAUGGUGGAAUACCAGGCAGGAUCUGGAGGCCAGCUCCUUCCCCAGCAUUAUCUAAAUGAUCUGGACAGUGCCUUAAUCCCUGUGAUUCAUGGUGGGACCUCAAAUGCUACAAAUCUACCAUUGGAAAUGGAAUUAAUAUUUUUCAUUAUUGAAUCUCUUCUAAUAUAACUGACAUAUAUAUUAUGCUGUAGUGGACUGAAUUGCUAGCACUGACCAAUACCAAAGCAGUUGCGUUACACUAUGGAUGAAACAUUCAGGUUUAUUUUUAAGAAGCCAAUGAUGUUGUUAAUACAUCUUUAAAAGGAGUUUGCUUUUUAAAAAGUGAUUGUUCUUCCUUAACGUGAAAACUGAAUUUAAAAGUUAAGUUUCCUUAUGUUCUGAAACUUUACACUUAAUACAGCCACUAAAAAUGCAAGGAAUAAAACAAACAUGUGUUUUACAGUGCUGAGAUACACCCUUAUCUUUCCCAGAUAAAUAUUUUAGAUGUUCUUUAUUAGCAUGAGUUUUGAACUCUUGAUGUGUCAAAAUCACUACUCUUAACUGGGUUUUUAAAAAAGCAUAUAAGUGAAACAGAAUUUUUUUCUAGCUCUUGCAGUUGAUAUUCAAAUAUAAAAUCUGUUAAUUACUAGAGAAAUUAUAUACAUUAAAUGUCUGAUAGAUGUUUGCACAAACUAAUAUUGCCUGUGUGAGAAUAACAGCAUGUUUCUGCCAGGUGUGAUCAUUUUGUAAGACUUUGUCAUUGGAAUUGUCCUGAUUUUAAAAAUUGGGAUAUUUGAAGUAUAUAAUGGUGCUUCCAAAACUUAGACAACUUCCAUCUACAGUAAUUGCUUUUUGAAUAGCUGAAUUUGUUAUAUUUAUAAUUGACUUACUAAACAUGAAAAAUGGAUAAUUUGUAUACAGUACCUAAACUUCUUUCUUGUUUGCUCAGUUGUACAGUUGUUUCUUGGAUUUUCCAAGAAUGAGUAAGAAGCCAGAUGACCCUUAAAGUAGUCAUCCUGUAGCAGUAAAUCGGGUGGGAAGCCUGUCUGUGUUCCCUUCUCUAAUUAUUGGGACCUCUUAGUAUCUCUGUUUUUGUUUUCAGGGACAACAAUGUAUUAAGUGUGAAUUUUCAUGAACAGUUUGCUGUAACAUACUUGAGGCUCUUUAUACAGUACUUAUUUUUAUACUGGAGUAUUUGAAGUAAAUAAGCUUUGAUGUAUGAGGAUAAUGAUUGAGUAACUGAGUAACCUAAAUCAGGGUUGAUUACAACUGCAUAAUAAUCCUGUUAUGCACAGAAGCACAUUAUAUGUGUCUCUUUUACCUUGAUUAAAAUGUUAUAAAAUUA